AUAAAUGCUUGGGUGUUGCAAGAAAAACUUACGUUUGCAAUCCCAUACAUAAAUGACGUGUGUUUGUUUAUUUUUAUAUGCACACUAUGCAAAUUUAUUUUUACAAAUUCAUUUUGAAACUGCAUGCAUCUUAAAACAGCUGAAUACCCAUACAGAAAUUGUAAAUAAGAAUAUGGCGUAAGUCCCUGCAUAUUUGAUGAAGUACAUACCUAAUGUAUUUGUCAGAUUUUAACGUAUUAAAAUAAUAACUAACGAAUAUUUGAUUUGUGAUGAUAACGUAACAUCGGAGUGGGUAGAAGUUUUUGGUGGAACGAAUCAUGUCGGAUUCAAGUGACGACAACCAAAAGCCCCAGAUCUUGACAGCUGAGUACAAAGAUGGACAAUUACAGAUUGUUGAGGUCACCCCGUUCGACCGUGACAGGACUGAGAGCCUCACGGAGCUGUCUUGUAGUGGCUCGUCGAAGCAAUACAUGCAGGUCAUAGAUGGUGACAAAGGCCUUGUACAAUUUGAUCUGCUAAAUUUAACUCUUGUCAGGUCUCAAGAUGGUGAAGAAUCUUAUCAGCUGCUCGCCAACGACUGCGAAGGCGAGGGUAGCGAGAACGCUGUCACCUGUGUCCUACAGACAAGCGAUACUGAAGAUCGUGAUAACCAAGAGUACGUUAUGGUGGACAGUGACAACGGUCAGGGUCCGUUGUUCUUCCUGCAGUCCGCACUGCCCCAGGUCAACUCACAGCAGAAAAAAGACGAGACACAAGUGGUGCAUGUUACACAAAAGAAGGUGCCGUCUGCCACCGAGAUAUUGGAAAAGGCUAAAGCAUUACAGAAAGUCAAGGCCACCAUAGCCCAGGCGGCUCCCCGGCGGAGGGGCCGGAAGCGGAAGAGCGACCUCCCCCCGCCCCACGAGCUGCUGGCCUCGCCCAACUUCAAGCUGUUCCUGUACGCGUGCAAGAUGUGUCCCUUCAAGUGUAACUCCAUCAAGGAAAUGUCAGAGCAUAAGGCGGCGAUCCACGGCGCGGCGCGGGCGCGGGGCGGGGGGCGCGGCGCCGCCGUCACGCUGCAGUGCGCGCGCUGUCCGCUGCUGGCCGACACGCACACGCAGCUCGCGAAGCACGUGCAGGAAGCGCACUGCACGACCGCCCCGGAGACGAUACGCUUGAACACUGAAGAGGUGGAGGCGGCCGACGUGCUGGUGUGCGGCGCGUGCGGGUUCGAGUCCAGCUCGAGACACGACUUCAGGCGGCACAUCGAGGACGAGCACGGAGUCAACACGUGCUGAUAGAGACGCGCGCCAGGAGCCCGCGGACCGCUGCACGACGCCGCGAGGUCUACCGACAACAUGUAACCCUGCCUCCGAUGACCCUAUUAUCCAUUAUAUGGGUGGACGAGCUCACAGCCCAUCUGGUGUUAAGUGGUUACCGGAGCCCAUAGACAUCUACAACGUAAACGCGCCACCCGCCUUGAGAUAUAAGUUCUAAGGUCUCAGUAUAGUUCAACGGCUGCCCCACCCUUCCAACCGAAACGCAUUACUGCUUCACGGCAAAAAUGGGCAGGGCGGUGGUACCUACCCGCGCGGACUCGCAAGAGGUCCUACCACCUUCGGAAAUAAAAAUGGUCAAACGGGAAACAUCGUACUGAUCUUAACAUUAAAAUUAGUGUGGUGUGGUCCACGGUCCGCAACGCCAGCGAGCUGUGCCCCUAAAGCAUUUACAUUUGAACGCGUUUUUGAAUCUGGAGUUAGGGAAAGGAAACUGUUGUAUGAUGUACACAAAGUUAUUCGUUUGCAUUUUAUGAAUAUAUUUACAAAUUUAUUUUGUAAUUGCUUUUAUUUUUAAUUGUCAUUUCCCGGUAUCCGUCGAUAACGGAAUCUGAUUGCUUAGUGAACGUUAGUCAUCUAUAUAUUAAUACGUGAAGCAAAAACUUUGUAUCCCUGUUUACGAAAAUUGCGCGGACGGAGGCACAAGGGCAAUAAAAAAAAAUAAAAAAAAAAUACCUGAAAAAAAUUCUAUUUUAAAGAAUCUAGCUGUAGGAUUGAAAUGAUUUUAAUAGACCUAGAAAUAUAUUUUUUUUUGCCCAUCGAAUACGGUUAUUGCCUAUCAUUUAUGUACAAAGCUGUUAUUGUCGCUUAGUCACGUUUACCUUUCAAGCGUCGAUAUGUGCCCAGCUUACGUAUCGAGAAAGAAACAGUGUAUCCUAAAAACAAUAGUUUAUUCGACAAUUGAUCAACUCCAGGCUUGUGGUCCCUAGCACAGUGCUUACACGUCGGUCGGACUCCGGCGAAAUGUAUAUAUAUCUAUAGGCUUAAAAGACUCGUUAACAGGCCAUAAUAUCUUAGAAAAAAAAGUAUAUGUUCAUGUAUACCUAUAUAAUCGUUCAAAAUGAAACAAAGCCACUGGACGUAGCUCCUCGGGAUCCCCUAAAAAGUCCACUGAAAGGCUCUGUAAAUAACCACCAUUUUACUGAGAUUACAUUUCAUCCCACAUCAUCUCAUUUAAUUUAAUGCCAAUUGAUUAUUGUAUGAAAUUAAUCAACGUCAUUUCAUUUUUUCAUAAAAAAAUGAAUAAAACAUUAGGCUGCAUGGUAUAAUACCUUUGCCUUUCCAUUUAAAAAAUAUAACUACUACAUACUCUAUGUAAUCGCUCAAUGUCAUUUUGACAUUCAAGAUGUCCGAUUUUGAUUUUUCGGCGGGAACUCUAGGAGCGAAAUCGCGUGUGAAUUGUUUUACUUUGUCGAUUUUUAAAGUUUAACAUUAUGUAACAACAGUGGCAUAAUAACUGUUUAGUCUCUGUUUAGUCCUACAAAUGUAGGAAAAUGAAACAAAGUCGCCGGAUGUGCCUUUCGGACUCUUCCAUAAAGUCCACUAGUCUUUUUUAUUGCUCUUGUAGGCAGACGAGCAUCCGGCCCACCUGAUGGUUAGUGGUAACCGUCGCCAAUGGACGUAAGCAAUGCCAGGGUACAAAGCCAAGCUGCUGCCUACAAGUCUAUAAAUAACCGGCUUUUUACCGAGACAAUAUUUCAUCCCAUCAAAUCUCGUUCCAUUUAAUUUCAUCCCAAUGGAUUAUAUUCUCAAAUAAAUCCAACUUUUUUCAUUUCACUCCAUAUCAUUUUAAACAGAUUAUACAAAAUAUUAGGCUGCAUAGUGUGAUACCUUCGCUUUUCCAGUUGGAAAAAUGGAACUAAUAUUUAUACUACCUGUUGUCAGAUUAACUUGACAUUUUGCACACGCGUUAAGGGUUGAUGGAUAUUAUAACUUCAUUAGAUCCGACCUAGCCCUUCUUUGCAUGUUUUUUUUUUGUAAAAUAAAUCAGGCUGUUGUAAUUGCUCUAUAUUAAGGGAAAAAUGAUCUAAAAAAUUCUAGAGUAAAUAUAUAAUGUGAAAAUAGUAAAUAAUAAUAUGAUGGAAAUUUACAUCAUUAUGCAAUGCCACAUGUUUAGCUCAGUACUAAAUAAAAAAAAAGAAUAUAUUUGUACAUUCUUUAUUCUUGAUGAUACAUAAUUUAAAAAGUAAUUAUUAUUUUUAUUAAGACACAAGUCAACUUUGCAUUUCUCGCAUUAUAUUGUGGUACAUCCUUUACAUUUGGGGUAUUUGCACCUAAGUGACCCACUGACUGUUAGCCAAUGCUCAAGACUAUCUUUCCUUAGAUCUUUCAGUGGCGGAGGGGCAGGAGAAUCUUUUCUUUUUUUUGUCAGCAAUUCUUCAAGGAUGCUGCUACUGGGACGCGCCCUUUUAACAUCUUUAGUGGUUCCCUUGUUGCAUAUGACAAAAGCCAAUUCAUUUCUAAAUUGACGCAUUGUAAGAAGACUUUUGAGAUUCAACCCUUUCCUGAGCAUUUUUUUAUAGACAAUCCAAAAGCUUAUUAAAAUAAAAUAAAAUAAAUAAAAAUAAAAAAUAAAAUAAAUAAAAAAGCCUUUAUUGCUGUUCUUAUUUUUACAAACUAUAUCAAAUUACUUAAACAUGCCAAAACUUAAAUACUAAGUUCCUUAUGGAAUUAAAUUAAAUAUCGGCAAACGGUGGUUGUGGUAUCGCAGCUUGUCCUUCGACAAAGGCCUCCUCUAAAGAUUUCCACUGUGUCCUGUCCUUUGCUGCACGCGUCCAUGUAGUACCAGCUAUUUUUAUAAUGUCGUCCUCCCAUCUUUUAGUCUGUCUACCUCUAUUCCUUUUACCAUCUCGUGGAUACCAUUCAGUUAUUAAACUGGUCCAUUUCUCCUUUUUCUCUCUGAUCAUAUGUCCAGACCAUCGCCAUUUUAGCUGUUUGUAAGUUGUGUAUGCGUUCUUAAAGUUUGUCUUGCUCUUUAUGUCUUUUAGUUUUAUUCGGUCUUUUCUUUUUACGCCUAUUGUACUUCCCUCUAUUCCGUUUUGACAAAUUUUUAAUUUGUUUGAUAGUUCUUCUGUCAACGCCCAAGUUUGACACCCGUACAGUAAGCAUGGAAGAAUACACAUAUUAAAUACUUUUCUCUUUUGUUUUAUAGGCAUGUCUUUAUUUUUCAUUACUUCGCUUAGCGACCAGAACCGUUUCCAGGUAUUCGCAAUUCUUCUUUCUAUUUCCUUUUGCAUGCAGUCUUCUUGAGAUAUAAGUUGUCCAAGAUAUAUAUAUACUUGUACAUAUUCUAUUACCUCGUCAUUUAUUUUUAUUUCUAUAUUUGUAGAAUUUGACAUUAUUUUAGUUUUUGUUAAGUUCAUUGACAGGCCUGCUUUAAUACUUUCAUUCGAUAGCUGUUGCAACAUGCUUUCCAGAGUUUUUGGGCAAUCCGAAAACAAAAUAAUGUCGUCUGCAAAGCGAAGAUGACUUAGAUUUUCACCAUUUAUAUUUAGUCCCUUUGUCCAUUUUAGGUUCCUAAAUAUCAUUUCAAGAACGGCUGAAAAUAAUUUUGGUGAUAUAGGGUCUCCUUGGCGUACACCUUUUUUAAUAGGGAAUUCGUCUCCUGUCGAUUCUAGCUUCACUCGAGCAGUGCUUUAUGUGUAGAUAUUUUUAAGUAUUUUAAUGUAUUUUGUUUCGACGCCUUGUGCUUCAAGUGCGUUCCAAAUAAAACUGUGUUCUAAUGUGUCGAAUGCUUUGUUAAAGUCAAUGAACCCCAGGUAGUAAGUUUUGUUAUAUUCUUUAAAUUUUUGUAGUAUCUGUCUCAAAGCGUGAAUGUGAUCUAUAGUUGAAAAAUGUCUACGGAAUCCAGCUUGUUCUUUGGGCUGAUUUUCUUCAAGGGUAUUUGUAAUUCUAGAAAGUAUAAUUUUUGAAAAAACCUUGUAAAUAUUCGACAUCAGGCUAAUGGGCCUAUAAUUUCCUAUGUCUCCUUUGUCGCCUUUUUUAUGGAGCAAUAUAAUUGUUGAUUUAGUCCAAUCAUCGGGGAUGUUUUCCGUGUUAAGUAUUUCAUUAAAUAUAUCCGUAAGCUUUGGAGCAAUCAGCUUAUUAAGGCAAGGUCAAAUAAAUGAAAAAAAUACGCAGGUACCAUUUUUUAGGCCUCAUAGUAAUAUAAUUUCUGCCCAAAAAGCUAUCCAUGAGGUCAACUCCCCCCCUCUGCUUAUUAUAUUAUUGGACAAUAAACGGGCAAGUGAUGUAAAAAUUUUCUUUUUUUGAUUUGUCAUAUCUGUUGACUUCAGUCACAGGCAAUGCUCCAGCAUAAGUAGAUAACAAGGUUACUUUAUCUUUCCAAGCUACACAGAUAUAUCUAUACCAUCAAGCACAGAAACACUUUCUUUAUAACUACCUCUGGGCACUGAUUUCUUCAUGAAUUUUUUUUUCAGGUAAUUUGUUAUUUAGUAUCCUGUCUAGUUGUACAGUCCCCACUGUGUGAAUUCCUGUUUUAGCUAGGAAAUAUACUAAUGGAAAAGAGGUGUAAAAAUUAUCAAAGUAUAUGAUGUGGUUUAUCUUUAUUUGCACUCCCCAAAGCAAACUUUUAUUUUGGUAUCCUGUUUAUAUGUACAGUCCCCACGAUGUGAAUUCCUGCUUUAGCUAGGAAAUAUACUAAUGGAAAAGAGGUGUAAAAAUUAUCAAAGUAUAUGAUGUGGUUUAUCUUUCUUUGCACUCUCCAAAGCAAACGUACCACUACAUUUCCGGUUGCACCGAGAUCUGAUUCAUCUGGGAGUUUAUCUGUAAAGCCUUGUCCAGAAUAUAUCUCAAAUUUGUGGGCAUAGCCCAUCAAAUCGCAAAGCACAUACAAUUUAAAACCCCAUUUAUGGGGCUUAUUGGGUAAAUAUAGCUUCAGAAAGUGCCCUAUUUUUGUAGAACACAUCUGUUCAUCCACGCUUAGUCUUUGAUUCAUUGGCACUGUAGCAAACCUUUCAUUGAAGUGCUGGAUUACGGGGCGGAUUUUAAAUAGUCUGUCAUAUUCUGAAUAGGUUUGUGUAGUUCAUUGUUGUUAAAAUGUAAUAAUAACUUUAUUUUCUCAAAUUUGGUCAGUGGCAUGUUGAAGAAAUUGGGUCAUAAUCAAACCUAGGUGACCAGUAUGAUCUUUUGUGUACUGAGAGGUAUAACAAAAUGCCUAAGAACUUAUAUAAAUCAUAUUCUGUAUAUGUUGUAGAUGAACCGGGAUUGCUUGGUAUAAUAUAUAAAUUUGUCUGCUCCACUAAACUAUUGAUGAAAUUUUUUGUGAUGAAAUGGUUGAAACAUUCAUAUAGGGUUUCCAGGUUUGAUAAAUCCUCUGGAGUAGCAGAACUCCCCAAGAAAGUAAUUUUAUUUGUGUCAUACACCAGAUGGCGUUUUUUCCAUAUCAAGUUUCUUUUGUCAAAUGAAAAAUCAAUUUUUGAUAAAGAUGAAGAUUGCAAAUUGGAUGAUGAUGUGUGAGAGAGUUCCAUUUCUUCUGGGUCUAGAAGAGGAAGAUCAAUAUUAGCACUUUCAUUCUACCGUCAUCUGCAUCAUUAUCAUCAAUUUCGUCCUGCAACACUCUUACAAUCUUAUCAGUAUGGUGUUCGUCCUCGGAAUCAUGGACUUCAAGGUUCUUCCGAGAGCCAACCAUCGUCUAACCGAUUCAGAUAAAGUUCGAUGUCCACAUCUUUCAAGUAUUUCUAGAAAAACAAAACAAAAUAAACUUAUAGUACAAACAUUUUCGCCAUACAUUAUAAGUGAGGCAACUGCAGUGAUGUAAAUUUCUGUCACAGUUUUGAGAAAUUUCUUCAGAGUAUUUUAAUAUAAAUUGUACAUAAAAUAACAGAAACACGGAAACAAACCUUAUUUCCACUCAUUAUCACUUUAUAUAGCAGAUAAACCUCUCUAUGGUUUCCUAAAAUAAUUUAUAAACUCGGCCGUUUUUUCCGGUCACAACAAUCAACAAACAGCGGAAUGAGUAGUAGUAGUUUGAUUUAGCCAAAUGGAAAGUCAAAGGUGUCGUACCAUACAGCUUUUAUACAAAUUUUUUUAUUUUAUGAAAUAUGAUACUAUGAAAUGAAAUGAAGUUGAUUAAUAAUAUGAAACAUGACAUGAUAUGAAUUGAAAUGAGAUGAAAUGAUAUAAUAUGGGAUACUUUUAUGCAAAAUGAUAAUAUGAAGUGAAGAUGAUUAAUUUGAGACAUCAAUCAACUGGGAUGAAAUUAAAUGAAAUGAAUUGAGAUGAUAUAGGAUGAAAUAUAAUCUCAGUAAAAUGGUGGUCAUUUACUGAGAUUUUUUCAGUGGACUUUUUGGAGGAUCCCGAGAAGUUACGUCCAGCGGCUUUGUUUCAUUUUCCCACAUUAGUGCACUGUCACAGAUAUUAAACAGUUAAUAAACCACCGUUAUUACACAUUUAAACCUGAAGAAACACUAAAUAAACAAAAUAAAACAAAUCACACAACUUUACUCCUCGCGUUCCCGCCAAAAAGUCCACAGCGGAAUGUUAAGUUCAAAUCCUGUUAAUUAACAGUGACGUUAGCUUUUGUUUUGACAGCUGCGUUUCGUUUUACACUACGGCGUUGUAAAAAGUGGCCAGCAGCAACAAAUUUAAACUACACUGGUUUUGUGUACCCUUUUACCGGCAUUAAAUGUGAUGGAAAUUUCCACCAUCAUGCAAAGAAAGGCUAGUAUUACUGAUUAACAUACCGUAGUACAUCAUUAUUUUCUUUUAACAUUUUAAAUAAAUCUAGUUUCACUGUUUUCUUAGAAUAGAGUAAUCGCCCUUAUAACACGGUACUCUUAUAACGCAUUUUCGUAUUACGCGAUUUCAAUCCCUCGUAUAACACGGUGCUUUCACACGUUAUUCUAAUUCUGUACUGUGAAAUUUAUAAUGAUUUCAUAAUUAAUUUCGCGUACCUUUGCACAUUCGUUUCAAUUUUGUUGUUAUAAAAUUAACGUAACUAGAGGUCCCGCAGUAGUCGAAAUUCGACUAUAAUUAAUUGGAAUUGUAAGUUUGUACACUAUUAUGAUUGUAUUUUAUACUUCUAUAAUCACAAAUUUCGCCAAGGCUACACGUUAAAAAAUAUUAACAAAGACAAACAAUAUUUAAUCUCAAUUUGACAACAGACGUCAAGAACAAAAGCUUGACAAUAAAUAGUAUGCAUGCGUGUGUGCGUCAAAUACAUGGUAUGUAGUGUGUGUAAUGUUUUCUUUAUUGAUUUAAUGUAUCUUUUAUGCAUUAUUUAAAAAAAAAUAUUAGCAUUGUGCACUUCUUCUCUAUAUUCUCUAUAAGUGUGGAAAAUUUCAUACUCCUCCGUCCGCGCAAUUUUCGUAAAAAGGGAUACAAAGUUUUUGCUUCACGUAUUAAUAUAUAGAUUUAUUAAAUUUGCGUUUCCGGUUUUCUGAAUUCUAAAAUUAUUGGUUAUAUUCUAUUAUAUUUGUAUAUAACGCGUUAUAUGCGGUCAUACAAGCGCGUUACGCGAGAUUACUCCUACAACGCGCUUCCUAUAACGCUGAACCAAUCAACCGUGUUAUAGGAGGGAUUAGUCUUUAAUUUGUUCAAUUCGUUUUGAAGCGUUAGAGAAACAUUGUAUAGUUAAAUCAAUUGGAGAAUAUAUCCGUGUGCUUGGUGCGAGUUUUUUAACGUUCUCGAUAGCGUAAAAGUUAACCCAAUUUUGUAUGUAGUUGGAACAGCGCCCCUAGCGGCAAACGUGAGCAAACGAUCCCAUUCCAUACAAAUAUGAGCUAACUUUUACGCUAUCGAAAACGUUAAAAAACUCGCACUAAGAAUUAGUUAUGGAAUAAUUUAUCUUUUGUGUUUGAAUCGGGCGGCUCAUUGGGAGUAAUCACGCACGGGUCGGUAUCGGCGUCCAGUCGACUUUCGCCACGAUGCCGUGCUGUUUGUAUUCGUGGGGCAAGCCUCAGAUCGCACGUCUCAAGGUGGCAAUACAACGUUGCCAUGUCCACUCAUGAGACGGACAGAAGUUGCCCAAUUAGAGCGAUUUAAAAAUGUAUAUUUGUGAUAUUUCGAACCGUCACUGCGAGUCGCACGUUAAAAUGUAUUGAAAUAAACGUUUUAAAUAAUUA